UGCAUGAAAACAUCAGUUUUUCCUGAGAAUUGUAAACAUGAAGGCUUUCAUCGUUUUGGUUGUUCUGGCUUUGGCCUCUUCUGCUUUCGGUCGCACCAUGGACCGAUGCUCCCUGGCCCGCGAGAUGUCCGACUUGGGUGUUCCUCGUGACCAACUCGCUCGCUGGACGUGCAUUGCUGACCACAAGAGCAACUACCGCACUGGCGUUGUUGGCCCUGAGAACUUUGACGGCUCCCACGACUAUGGAAUCUUCCAGAUCAACAGCUUUUACUGGUGCCAGCCUGCCAACGGUCGCUUCUCCCACAAUGAGUGCGCCCUCAGCUGCAACGCACUGUUGAUCGAUGACAUCACCAACUCUGUCCGUUGCUCUCAGAAGAUCCUUGGCAUACAAGGCUGGUCUGCCUGGGUAGGCUGCGAAGGCUCUUUGCCCUCUAUUGACGGCUGCUUCUAAA